AUGACCGAUAUAUUUCUUAGUUAUGAACGAACUCAUCGAGACACCGUUCUGGAACUGAAACAAAAACUUGAAGAGAAGAAUUAUUUUUGUUGGCUAGAUGUAAUACAGAUACCGAGUAAUAAUUAUUAUUUUUGUCCAGAGAUUGAAACAGGUAUACAAAAAUCGACAGUUUUCGUUUGCUGCAUCACUAAUAGAUAUGUACAAUCGAAUAAAUGUCGACAAGAACUCAGUUUUGCUAAGCAACAGAAUAAACCAGUUAUAUUAUUAUUGAUUGAAGUAUUGAACUGGCCACCUGCACAAAUUGCAAAUUUAGUCUCAGGUCUUUCUUAUAUUGAAUUUUAUGAUACGACAUCACCUGCUAGUUCUACAACAUGGCCUUCUGAAAAAUUUGAUGAACUUCUAAAUAAAUUAAGUAAAUUGGCUCCAAAUAUUUGA